GCCAUAUACGGCUUCCGUCCACGGCAUCAGCCCCUCCUCAGUCCCGAUAAAGAAGAGGGAGAAAACGGGAAGAGAAGAGUGCCGUUUCCUUUUCCUUUCUCUCCCAGUGAAUUUGGGCGUUCAGAAAAUUUUCUGUUGAGGUUCUAAAUUUCGCUCUCAGUCGCAGCUCUACUUCUCAAACCAGAACGCUGUUUCGAUCCCUCAACCGGUGGUCUCUUUUCACCAUCCGGAAACCCUCGCGGCCGCGGACUGGAUUUUUCACUUGCCGAGGGAUCAUAUAGGUGAUGUUUACAUCAAGGCAUCCUUCUGAUGUUGAUGUUGGGAGUCAUUUACCAUGGUGUCCAAAAUUUCACAUUGCUUGGCAUACCAACUUUAUCUAGAACCUGCAGUUCAGGACUUAUUUUCUGAUUCGGCGGGAAAUCUGCACAUUGUUGUAAAUGUCUCUCUUUAGCAGGUUCUUUUAUAGGAGACCUCCUGAUGGUUUGCUGGAAUUCUUUGAUAGAGUUUAUGUUUUUGAUUCAUGCUUCUCUACUGAGGUUUUAUCUGAUGGAAUAUACCAUAUCUACUUGCGUGAAAUUGUAACUGAGCUCCAUGAAGAAUAUGCCGAUUCUUCCUUUCUUGCAUUUAACUUCAGAGAGGGAGAAAAGAGAAGCCAAUUUGCAGAAGUUCUUUGCGAAUAUGAUAUCACGGUCAUCGAUUAUCCACGACAGUAUGAAGGCUGCCCUCUUCUCCCUUUGUCUCUUAUUCAGCACUUCCUUCGUGUCAGUGAAAGUUGGCUGUCUCUCAGGAAUAAUCAAAACAUUAUAUUGCUUCAUUGUGAGAGAGGGGGUUGGCCACUUUUAGCAUUUCUUCUAGCUUGUUUUUUGAUUUUUAGAAAAUUGCACAGUGGAGAACGGAAAACUCUAGAAAUUAUCCAUCGUGAGGCUCCUAAAGGAUUUUUACAACUUUUAUCACCACUGAAUCCAUUCCCAUCCCAGCUCCGUUACUUGCAUUAUGUUGCUAGAAGGAAUAUUUCUGCAGAGUGGCCUCCUAUGGAACGAGCUCUUUCUUUGGAUUGCCUCAUUCUUCGUGCCUUUCCAGGCUUUGAUUCUGAGAAUGGAUGCAGACCGUUAGUCCGUAUUUUUGGCCAUAAUCUCCAUAGCAAAGAUGGCCUGUCAACCAACAUGAUUUUUUCAAUGCCCAAGAAGAAAUCCUUGCGACACUACAGACAGGAAGACUGUGAUGUGAUUAAAAUUGAUAUCCAAUGCUUAGUUCAAGGUGAUGUUGUCUUGGAAUGUGUUCAUCUUGACUUUGAUCCAGAAAGGGAGGUUAUGAUGUUCCGCAUCAUGUUCAAUACUGCUUUCAUUCGGUCGAAUAUAUUGAUGCUGAACUGCGAUGAUGUGGACAUACUUUGGGAUUCAAAGGAUCUGUAUCCAAAAGGUUUUAGAGCAGAGGUGCUUUUUGGCGACAUUGAGAACAUCUCUCCUCCCAGAGCUCCAACUGCAACUUUAAAUGGUGAGGUAAAAGGUGGAUUGCCUAUAGAAGCCUUUUCAAGGGUGCAAGAACUUUUUAAUGGUGUUGAAUGGGUUGAAAGCAAUGAUGCUGCUGCUUUUUGCUUGCUCAAACAAAUCUCGGCAAAUGACCUCCAAGAAAAAAUCGAGAAGCUGUUUUUAGGUGAUGGGAAAGAAUUUUCAAGGCUGCAAAGUAAAGUUGGUUUACGGAUGCCACUGUUCUCGCCUUUAGACUCUGAUGAAGAAAAAGAUUCUGUAACUUCAGAUUCUGUUUCUUCGGUGGACCAUGAAAGGGUUCAACAUGGUACAAGUAUCACUACAGAAUUAGAAAACACACCUAAUGAUCAUACAAAUCAAGAUUCUAAUUUGACAGGAUUUGCACAGUCAACUUCCUCUAUGGUUGUUAUGCGCGACAACAGUAUUCCUUCAUUGCCACCACCUUCAAUAACUUCAUUUCCUUCCUCUGCAGUUGGUCUUACAUCUGAACCAUCAGAAACACUUACUGCUCUGCCCCAAGCUCCUCACCCUCCCCACCCCCCUCCCCCUCCCCCUCCUUCUCUACCUCAUGAUUUGUCUAAUCCUUCCCCUUCUUCGCCUUUGUGUCCAUCAUCUCUACCCUCUGAACCAUCCUGGCUCGCAAUUAAAGAAGUCCAAUCAUCGUCGUCGUUGUUGACUUCAUUUAGUGGAUCCAUACCACUGUCAUCAUCACUGCGGCCACCGCCGCCACCGCCACCGCCACCACCAUGUUCAACCACAAGAGCUACAGAGCCUCCACCUCGUCCUCCGCCUCUCCCUGACACAUUUAAUAAAGGUCCUCUACCACCUCCAUCACCGCCUAUUGUCAAUGUAUCUACCAGUUGUCCUCUGCCUCCACCACCUCCUAGUCUUCCUACUAAAACCAGUUCUAACCCUUUGCCUCCACCUCCACCUCCUUUUCCUAUUAUAUCAAAUAGGAGCCCACCACCACCACCACCACCUCCCCCUACUACGUCUAAUAAGAUUCCUCCUCCUCCUCCCCUCCCUGGUCCUCCUCCCCCUUCCAUGUCUAAAAAGGGUCCUCCACCCCCACCACCUCCUCCUCUAAGUUCAACUCGCGUUGACCUUGGUACUGGUCAUGGGACUCCACCACGACCACCACCACCACCACGACCACCACCACCACCACCACCUCCACCUACUAUGCCUCAUAAGAUUCCUCCUCCCCCCCCUCUCCCUCCUCUCCUUGCUGUGUCUAAAAAGGGUCCUCCUCCUCCACCACCUCCUCCUCCAAGUUCAAGUCGGGUUGUCCUUGGUACUGCUUGUGGGGCUCCACCUCCACCUCCCCCUCCCCCUCCCCCACCUCCUUUGAAUUCUGUACGAGCAAGCCCUCCAGCCCCACCUCCUCCUCCCUUGGUACCUAGCAAGAGAGGCACCAUGCCUCUGCCACCUCCUCAAGCAGCAAAACCUCCUGGAGUUGUGCCUCCUCCACCACCCUUACAUGGAGGAAGUCGUGGAAUACCAGGUCCACCACAGCCUCCUGGAUCCAAGGUUUCAAAUGCACCAGCACCAUCCCCUCCAACUUUAGGUAGGGGAAAAAUUAGUAUAUCAAGUUUAGGAAGAGGUUGUGGAUCUACACAACCUGCUAAUGCACCAAAAAAAGCUUCAUUAAAGCCAUUACAUUGGGUGAAAGUUACUCGUGCAAUGCAAGGAAGUCUAUGGGCUGAUAAUCAGAAACAAGAGAAUCAGUCAAGGGCCCCUGAGAUUGAUCUUUCUGAGCUGGAAAGUUUAUUCUCCGCUAAUGUUGCAACUGGUGGAAGCGGGAAAGAUAAGGGUGGAACUCGACGUGGUUCUAGCAUCAGCAAGCCAGAGAUAGUUCAGCUGGUUGACUUGCGCAGAGCAAAUAAUUGCGAAAUCAUGCUUACAAAAAUUAAAAUGCCUCUUCCAGACAUGAUUAAUGCAAUCUUAGCUCUGGAUGCUUCAGUUUUGGAUAUUGACCAAGUGGAAAAUCUGAUCAAAUUUUGCCCAACAAAAGAAGAAAUGGAGAUGCUGAAGAACUACACCAGCAACAAAGAAAUGCUUGGGAGAUGUGAGCAGUUUUUCAUGGAGCUCAUGAAGGUUCCUCGAGUAGAAUCCAAGUUGAGGGUCUUCUCUUUUAGGAUCACCUUCUCCACUCAGGUGAAGGAGUUACGGGCCAACUUGAAUACAAUCAAUGAUGCAUCUAGAGAGGUAAAAGAGUCUUUGAAGUUGCGACAAAUAAUGCAGACAAUUCUUACAUUAGGAAACGCAAUAAACCAAGGCACUGCACGAGGUUCUGCUGUGGGAUUCAGACUGGACAGCCUUCUUAAACUAUCAGAUACACGUGCAAGAAAUAACAAAAUGACAUUAAUGCAUUAUUUAUGCAAGCUUCUUGCUGAGAAAAUGCCUGAGUUGCUUGAUUUUGAUAAAGAUUUGGUUCAUUUGGAAGCAGCCUCUAAGAUCCAAUUAAAGUUGGUAGCUGAAGAAAUGCAAGCAGUUAGCAAGGGUCUUGAAAAGGUUGAGCAAGAACUUACAGUUUCCGAAAAUGAUGGUGAUAUUUCCAUGGGCUUUCGGAAGGCCUUGAAAAGUUUUCUUGAUACUGCAGAGGCUGAUGUGAGGUCCCUUAUAUCAUUAUAUUCCGAAGUUGGAAGAAAUGCUGAUUCUUUAGCUCAGUAUUUUGGUGAAGAUCCCGCUCGCUGUCCAUUUGAACAAGUGACAUCAAUUUUAGUUGUCUUUGUAAAUUUGUUCAACAAAGCGCGUGAAGAGAAUGCUCGGAUUGUCGAAGCUGAAAAGAAGAAAAUGGAAAAGGAGGCCAUGAAAGAAAAAGUGAAUGCGUCUGCUAAAAAGAAUUGAGCCGAUGCCUGUAACCCAAGAUUUAAUUUCCCAAGGUGGAAACAAUACAUGAUCCACGGCCAUUUGAUCAGUGCAUAAAGGCCAUAAUGUCAAUGGUGGCAGAUUGACAGAGGCUUGAAUUCCUUCUCAUUCUGUUGGAUCUGGACAGGAGAUUCACCAUGGAGUUGCUAUGGUAUGUCGAGCUGUCUGGUAGAAGAUGCAAGGUUUUGGCCUUUAACAUUCCUGUUAAAAGCCCCACAAGAACACAACGCUUCAAGGUCCCAAUGGUUAGGAGGAGCGGGCAUCUUUGCCCAUAUGAUUAAUUCUAUCAUAUCAUGCUAGCAAUUCGGAGGCAGGCAUCUUUGCACAUGUUUGCCUUGAACUUCAUACUUCGUCAUGUCACAUGAACCCCCCACCCCACAAAAAAAAAAAGUGGAAAAAAAACCGAACGUGAAGAAAACCAACUCCUCCACAUGCACGCACACACUUGACUGAAUCAAUUGUAAUAUAAGAGAACAUGGGAAUACUUCGUAGAUCUCACAUAGGUGGCAUCAAACUGCUCCAUUGCUGAUCCAUGUGGAGCAUCUCUCUUGCAACAACCGUUUACAUGUGGACAAAAUCUUUAAUGUGAAUAGUUGGUUUGCAUGCACAUACGCUGUGUAGGUCAACAUACAGCUUGUAGUCAGCAAUGAUGCUGGCCAUUUUUACGUGUUCACAGGUCAUCAGUCUUCAGACUCUUCCAUAAAAUUUCCGCUCCCCUUUCUGUGUUCUAAGCUUCAAUGAGUCACCCUAUUCUAUGUAUGAAGUGGUAUCUUCUGUUGAAGUCAGAACAAGAGCCAAUCGUAUAUGCUCCAGACAAUCCUAGUCUAUAGACAUGGAUCAGGUGAUGUGGAUUACCGGUUCUCUUUUCAGAUCUUAAAUUGAGUGGCGGUCCAUAUGAGACUAGAACUAAUGAUGCAGCAAUGCUUUCCUGUCAUCUUCCUCUUACUCCAGUGGUAUGGUAAAAUGAAGCUUAUGGAGCGGUUGGUCUAAAUCAAGUUGUGCAUAACAGUGUAAAAUAAUAUAUUAAUAUAUGUGGCAGAAGUUUGCCUUUUAGGCCGUAUUUGGUUUGUCGGAAUGGGAAUUACAGUUUUUCGUA